AUGCGGAGCACUCGGUGGGCAAGUCCUGGGGCCAUUGCAACCUUCCUAUGUGUGGGGAUGGUGGCGCAUGUUGUGGUGGGGGUUGCUGGGGUGAAUCGCGCGCAGGCAGAGACCGGCGCCAGCGAUCUCGAGGUGCGAGCCGUGAACCUGGCCGAUGGGCUGAUUCAGUGCCAGUACAACACGAGCCAGGGCAUCUUUCCGACGGAGGAUCUGUGGCAAAGCGGCAAUACCCUGGACACACUCGCGGCCCUCUCGCUCGCGCUGCGUAAUCACAGCCGCGAUCGUUACGGCGACAUCUUUGCCAACACGUUUGCACGGACGGCGGCUGUACUGGACAAGUGCUUCGAUGACCACCAAUGGUGGCUCAACGCUUGGAUUCGAAUUUACGAGGUCACGGGCCACCGCACCUACCUUGACCGCGCUGCCAUUAUUCAUGACUACGUGGUGGCUCACGGUUGGGAGACUGAUACGUGCGGCGGCGGGGUGCUGUGGUGCCCAGCGCCCACGAAUCCUUACAAGAAUGCCAUCACUACCGAGCUCUUCAUUACCGCUUCGGCUCGCUUGCAGCCCUAUGCUGCGCUGGUGAAUCGUUCCUCCACCUACUACCUCGACUGGGCACUAAAUGCCUGGCGCUGGUUUGUUCAGAGCGGUAUGAUCGACGCGAACCACCUCGUCAACGACGGCCUUGAUGGCAACUGCCAGAACAAUAAUGGGACCACGUGGACGUACAACCAGGGUUGUUUUCUGGAUGGUGCCGUCUACAUUGAUCGCUUUGCCAACUCCACCGGCGCGACAGCCGUGGCUCGCGCCGUGGCGAUGGCCGCCUCUACCAACCUGGCGAGUGCCGCGGGGGCCCUGACUGAGCCGUGUGGCGCGUCCUGCGACGGUGACCAGCAGAUCUUCAAGGGUGUUUUCGCUCGCCGGCUGGGUUAUAUGCUGGAUGCUUUGCCUUUGGAUGAUGGCUCCGACAAUGAAGCUUUUCGAGCGACCAUGCAGCUCUUCUUGCAACGCAACGUCAAUCUGCUCUUGGAUCGGGCCUCCUGUAGCAACUCGAGCGACAACGGUUUUGCUCCCUACGGCCUGGCGUGGGACGGCCCGUGCACAGUGGCCACUAUGGCAACCAGUUCGGCAGCGCUUGACCUACUCACGGCUCUGUUGGCCAAUGGCAUUGAGCCCGAUGCUGCUGGGCGCGUCACCUGGCCAGCCCUGGGGUUAGGCAUCUGUGUCGAUGCGAGUGGGGCUACGAUGCCCAGUUGCAGUAUUGACAACGUGACUGAGGCUGACUGUGGACAGGCUGCAGCUGCCGAUCCACUGGCAGUGGCGUACGAGUAUCACACGAGCUGUGCUGGCAAAACAACCUGUGUUGUGCGCACCAAGGGGACUGCCAACUCGUGCCCACAUGGAUGGUCGUUUAAGCAGGGCUCUGCCAGCAGCGUGUCGCGUGGUGAUGGCUCUCCUCUGGCUAUUUGCGCCCUUCGCCCCGCUUAG